AUGAAGGAAGGUGGAGGUAUGGUCGUCCGGCCAGACGGCCAUUCAUCUACUAUGGAAGCAGCUUCGCCUGCGGUGGCGGCGGCAGGCACUGCUUCUCUGGACCUGUCUCUAACACUGGCCCCUGUGUCACCACCACCACCAGCACCACCUUCCUCCUCUUGUUGGGCUGCAGCAGAAGUUGUUCUUCCUUCUUCUACAGGGGCCGGUGGCAAUUACCAUGGCCAUGGUGGUGGGAGGCUCUUCUUGUGCCUCUUCUGCGAUAAGACCUUCCUCAAGUCGCAGGCGUUGGGGGUCCACCAGAACGCGCACAAGAAGGAGAGAGCCGCCGGCAGCUGGAACGCCCAACUCUACCUUCGCGCGGCAGGGGCAGACAACCAGCCGGCCGCCGCGACGUCCAUGCUGCCAGCGACCUGGCCGCCCGCACUACUCGCAUGUUGUCCAUUUUACUUUUCUGAAUUUUGCCUCCACUGGCUUUGCAAAAAGGAGUAG